AUGUAUUUCACAGCAAUUUUCUGCUUUAUUUUCUAUUUUGUACUGUGCCUGCAACAGUCUUUCACAUUUUUCAUCCUGAAGAGGAGUAAUUCAGCAGCAACAGCAGCCACGCAUCAACGAGAUGCCGACAACGCCAUCAGUGGUAGCAACACCGAAAACGAACAUGCACCUAAUCAGAAGGAUAUAUCCGUCGUCGAACCCCGACAGAGUGUGACGGCAACAAGUUCGAGACAGGGAGGCAGCGUCGGUGGGAUGAAAUCUUCAGAAGAAGAUGCUGGAGCACCUGAUCAGUUGGAGUAUAUUGUUAAUGUUAAUUACGUUGAAAGUGAUGACGGCAUUGAUGAUGACGAUGAAGAAGAUGAUGAUGGUGAGAAUGAUGGUGGGAGUGACGACAUCAACGAAAGAAAAGUUGGCAACGACUUCCAAACUCCCGACAAGAGAUCUCAAACUUUGGAGUUUAUCCCGUGCAAGAAAGACGAGCCUGGCUGCAUGAUAAAAGAAGAGGAGGAAGAAGAAGAGAGUUAUGACGACGAUGACGAUGGUGGUGGUGGGGAUGGUGAUUUUGUCGGCAGAUAUCAUGUCGGUGAUGAUUUAAACAAGUACGAAUCGGACGCGGCAAAAUGGAUUCGAACGAGGAAUGGCUUGACAAAAAAAUAUGGCGAUGAUUAUCUACAAGAGGAGUUCGACGAAACCGAAGGUAAUUUUGUUGUUAAUAAAUUUCCCACUAAUCGCAAAUUUUUAAUGAGUAUUAAUAUAUUUGGUGACUUAUUAAUAGACUAA